AUGGAGUCACCGACCUCCUCGUCAUUCGCUGGCCAGAAGCGUAAAGUCGUCGAUAUGAGCUCAGAUGAGGAAGAUGCUCGCCCUCCUACAGGCUUUCGCGGCUUUGCGAGAGCUUCCUCACGCUCCGAAUCGCCUGCCUCUUUCGGCCUGGGAAGUGCUCGUCGCAAUCCCUGGGAUAACAAUGUGCAGUCAGCCACCGCUGCCCCCCGAGGCGGAAACGCCAAUACCAGCAAAGGCACCACCGGCGGAGGGAAUUCUUUUGCUGCACGUAUGAUGGCUAAGAUGGGUUACAAAGAAGGGCAAGGUUUGGGUGCAAGUGGACAGGGUAUCGUCAACCCGAUCGAGGCGCAAGCGCGACCGACGGGCGCUGGGUUGGGUGCCGUUCGCGAGAAAACGAAACAAGCUCGAGAGGAGGAGAAACGACAAGCAGCUGCCCGAGGUGAAGUCGUCGAAGACAGCUCAGAUGAAGAACGGAGGAGACGACGGAAAAAGAAGGAAGAGCGUCAACGGGAGAGCAGGAGUGGGACGGGGACACCGGUCCCUCGAGCGAAACCUCGUUUCAGAACCGCACGCGAAAUUGAGGCGGACAUGGAUGGUCUGGAGGUGCCAAACGUGUUAAAGUCGCUGAUUGAUGCUACUGGCAAGGAACAGCGAGUUCUGACCUCCACAGCCGGCCUGAUGACUCCUUUGGAGUUUGUCAAUCAAGGUGAAGGAGAGGCCUUGAAGAUCGCACGACGAGCGCGUCAUGACCUUGAAGCCUUUGCCGAUGAAUGGAAAGGAUUGACUGAGCGAAAGAAGUUUGCUGAGUUGGAGGAAGCUCAGAUCGUGGAACAACUGGACACCAAUCAGCUCAAGACGGAUCAACUCACGGACCUUAUCACCGCUAUUGGGCAGCUGGAGAUUUUCGAAGGAGACAGUACGAUUGCACGAUUUGACGAAUUGACCAGCAAGCUCGAAUCGAUAGAGAUGAAGUACCGAAGCGAGAUCGACGAGUAUCGACUAUCAGAGACGGCGGUCGCUGCUAUUCACCCCCUCUUCCGCCAAGCGAUGGAGGAUUGGGAUCCUCUUCAAGAGCCGACAUUUCUUGUAUCCAAUCUUCGUCGUCUUCAGCCCCUUCUGAGCAGGAAGAAAAAUGACGAAGCCGUGUCAAGGCAAGCGACGUCGCCAUAUGAAACUAUGAUCUACACUCUUUGGCUCCCCCGAGUCCGCUCUGCGCUCAUUAACGACUGGGAUGUGUUCGACCCGUCCCCUGCCACAUCACUGAUCGUAUCCUGGAAAGAGAUCCUACCAAACUUCGUGUUCGCAAACGUGCUCGACCAGCUCGUCGUUCCCAAGCUCAGCGGCGGUCUGAAAGAGUGGAAGCCCAAGAACAGCAGCAGGCGUCAUCCCUCUUCCCAUCAGGCCUCGCGCUCUCCAUGGUGGCUCUUCACUUGGCUCCAAUACUUGGACGAACGUCACACGAAUCCAAGACAAGCCACGGGUCUCCUCUCAGACGCGAAAAAGAAGUUCCGUGAAAUCCUGCGUUCGUGGGAUGUUCGUAAGGGUCUGAUAAGUGGUAUCGAACUCUGGCGAGACGCGCUGGGGUCCGAGUUCGAUGUUGCCCUACGUAACCUCCUGCUACCCCGACUUGCGUUUCACCUGCAGCACGACUUCCAGGUAAACCCUCAAGAUCAGGACUUGACUGCUCUGGAGGAUAUCCUUAAGUGGAAAGGAUUCUUCAAGCCCAACGUCCUUGGCCUUCUUUUGGUGGCGGAGUUCUUCCCUAAAUGGCACGCAACCCUAUACUUCUGGCUUACCCACGAUCCAAACUUCGAAGAGGUCGGCGAAUGGUUCACCUGGUGGCGCACUCAGAUCCCCGCAGAGAUCAACGAGCUCGCCGUCGUCGACGACGAAUGGAACAAAGGUCUUCAACAAAUGGACCUUGCGUCCCGCCUGGAUGACCCCGCCACCGAGCUGCCAGCCCCCACCGUCGCAGCGCAACCGGCCCCCGCAGAAGACCUACCACGCCCUGCUCCAGAGGCGCCUGCACCGCCUCGCAAGCCCAAGGUCGUCGAGGAAAUCGCCUUCAAGGAUAUUCUCGAAUCAUGGUGCAUGGAACAGGGUCUUGUCAUACUGCCCCUGCGGGAAGCGCACCCGCAGAACGGCCAGCCUUUGUUCCGCAUUACGGCCAGUGCCACCGGGAAGGGCGGAGUUGUCGCAUUUGUACAGGGAGAUGUCGUGUGGGUACAAAACAAGAAAGCGAAGGACAUAUGGGAGCCUAUGGGGCUGGAAGAUCGGCUUGUGGAGCGUGCCGAGGGCAAGUGA